AGCUGUAUCGUAGCUCUAUUGUAGCUCUAUUAUAGUGCGACAAACCGGAUCCUAAUCAUCGUUAUCGGAUCGCCCUUCCUACAAGGAGACGUGUACCCGGCUUUGGGCGCCGGCAAGGGUGUGUUCGCCAUUAUUGUGGGGUUUGACGACUGUAACCUAGUCGGCGUCGUCACAAUUCAGGAACUUCUCAUAUAUCUUGGCCCCCAUUACUUAAAGACGUUGGUAACUAGACUUGUUCCAUUCCGUCGGGAUAGGCCGCAGCGUCCAAAAUCAACGAUAUGUCGUCCAAGAAUGUUAUCGGGGAGACUUCCUCGACAGAGAUUGUCGUCGAGACUCCCAAGUUACCAGACAAGUUCGCCGACGAAAGUUAUAAACUUUUUUCGCAAGUUAAGGUCGAGCCACCAACUCCCGAAGAAGCAGCGCGAAUCCGUAAAAAGAGCGUCCGAUGGAUAUUAUCGUUCCUUUGCGUGGGAUACCAUCUGAUGUACGUCGACAAGCAAACGCUUGGAAGUUCGUCUAUCCUCGGUAUCCUAGAAGAUGGCAAUUUGAAUACGAACCAGUAUAACUGGUUGGCCUCGAUAUUCUAUCUUGGUUACUUGCUAGCGGAAUGGCCUCAGAACUGGGCGUUGCAACGAUUCCCAGUUGCGAAAUGGUUGGCCGGCAACCUUGUUGUUUGGGGUUGCAUCAUACUGCUGCACAUACCAUGUAACAACUUUGCAUCUCUAUUCGUCGUUCGUUUCCUGCUCGGAUUGGCAGAGGCCUGCAUCAUUCCCGCAUUUUUGUUGAUAUUAUCUAUGUUCUUCACCUACGAUGAACAAGCAGUCUUGAUGCCUAUCAUGUGGGCUUCGGGCAAUUCCAGUCCCAUAACUUCAGGCUUGCUGUCUUAUGGGGUGCUAUGGAUCAAUACAGGAAGUUUCUCCUCUUGGAAAUGGUUUAUGGUCAUUACCGGAACUUUAACCAUUAUUUACGGCAUUUUCGUGUAUCUAUUCUUUCCCGACAAUCCGAUGUCCGCCCACUUCUUAACCUUGGAGGAGCGGGCGCAAGCCAUUCUGCGUAUCGCUUCAAACCAUUCGGGAAUCGAGCAAAAGAGAUUCAAACGUCAUCAAUUGGUCGAAGCACUGAAGGACCCAAAGACCUGGCUCUUCUUCCUCCAUUCGUGGUCCCAAGAAAUGGCCAACGGCUUAACUAGCCAGUACUCGCUCAUCAUUAAAUCGUUCGGCUUCACCACGUUGCAAACCACAUUAUUGGGUUGCGUCACUGGCCUGACAUCUUUGGUGUCCCUUGGUGCAGCUGCUCUGAUACUGUCAAAGACACGUAACAGUCGGGCGUGGAUCUCAGCUGCCGCAUACAUACCCCCUAUCAUAUCUAGCAUAUUGCUUAUCGCUCUCCCCUGGAGUAAUCGCUGGGGUCUCAUUUCGGCAAUCUGGAUCCGAUCGACUGGAGGAAUCCCUUACAGCGUGGUUAUGAUAUGGGCGGCCAACUGUUCUGCGGGACACACGAAAAAGACCGCCGUCAUCGCGCUCUACCAUGUUGGGUAUGGACUCGGCAAUAUCCUAUCACCACAACUAUUCCAGGAAAAAUACAAGCCAAGAUAUAUUGUCACUUGGUGGGUUAUCCUUUGGGUCGCAUGCGUCCUGCCGACAUUCAUCGUUUUAUACCUAAGAUGGUAUCUGGUGAAGGAAAAUAAGAGGAGGGACCUACUGGCUCAGCGAGGGGAGAUCAGGGAGGUUGGCGUCAUUGAACAUAUAGAUGAGGAUGGUGAGCGACGGGAAGAAGUCGUUGAUGCUAGACAACUAGAUUUGACUGACCGAGAAAAUCUGGCCUUCCGUUAUGUGCUCUAAUAGCUAGAGCGCUUCAGAUACACCCCUUCAAUCAAGGAAGAUUUAGAGACACGUUACUGUGCAUUAAGUACCUAUAUACCACCUACAUACCCCCUAAGCGCUUGUUACUCGAAUCAAUCUCUAGGACUUCGGUUCUUCUUUCAUCCACUA